GUCAAUGCAGUGACAUUGUCAAAGAUUUGUCUGACUGACAUAAUCACAACUACUACCAAUACUAAUAGACGUGCUCUAAUAAUACCUACUAUCGCAGUAAACUCUUUCCUUGUCCUGAAAAAGUUAAUACAACAUUUAACAAAAUCAAAUAGCGAUGAAACCGACGGUAGCAGCGGAUGAAAUGUUUCCUGAAGGCGUUGGACCGUACAUGGAUUUAGAAGAAGCUGGUGGCCCCUCAAAUCUACUUAUGGACCUGGCAGCAAACGAAAAGGCAGUUCAUUCAGAUUUUUUCAAUGAUUUUGAAGACUUAUUUGAUGAUGACGAUUUGAAGUGAAUAGAUGCUUUUGAAAUUUGAUUUAGUUGUAAAGUUCUAAUAAAUAAAAUAAUUAAUUAUAAUUUUA